AUGGAUACAAAAGAGCAGAUAAGGCACUGUGCUUUUCAGAUCCGAAAGCUGAACACUGAGGGGUCUUAUGGGGCCAUGACGGCCCUCCUCCGAGAACUUGACGGGCCAUCAGUCCCGGUGGCCCUCCUACAGGCUACAUACAUUGUCGAUGAAAAACCACUCGCUCUGAUGACGGAGCCACCUCACCAACCCCCUCCAGAGAAGACCCACCCAACGCCCACAGCAGAUGACCCCUGUGCAUCCGGCCAUCUUCCAGGCGUCCGGGCCAAAUGCCUCCAGCUUCUCCUCACGGCCCUGUACUCCCAGGGGCCCCCCGACCGGCCACAGGAGGAGGACGAGGGCCUCGCCAGGGACAUCGAGGGCCACAUCCAUGUGCUCUGUGGGGCCAGCCUGCUGAAAUACAAAGCCUGCGUGCGGAGCAGGGCAGCCAACCUCAGGACGUAACCCCACCUCCGCAGGGGCCUCCUGGAGUGCUCCCUGCAGCCCCGAGAGCCGGCCAACAUGACCUCCCAGGGGAUGGCCGGCCCGGACCUGCGGCGCUUGAGGCGGGAGUACGCGGUGCGGGCCGUGAGCGAGCGCCAGCUCCCCUAGCCCCCCGAGGGGACCCCCACGCAGAAGCUGCGGUGCCGGCGCUGUGAGGCCUCGGACUGCUGGGUGAGCCAGCUGUCCCGAGGGACACUCUUCCUGCCUGGCUGGGUGAAACCUGGGGGCCCGGACCACGACGGCGUGACCUUUGUGACCUGCAGUGUGUGCGGGGGGCAGUGGUACCACAGUGGGUGGGUGUGUCUCUGA